AUGGUAUCGGAUUCGGAGCUGAUCGAGCGGCUGCGAGAGUUCCUGAGCGCGUCGGACCUCAACACGACGACGACGGCCAUCGUGCGCCGGCGGCUCGAGGAGGAUUUCGGCAUCGAUUUGUCCGAUAGAAAGGCGUUCAUAAGAGAACAGGUCGAUGCUUACAUGCAAAGCCAAUUCGAAAAUGUUGCCGACAACGAAGAUGAAAUUAAUCUCGAAGCAGACGAGAAUGAAGGAGAUGGAGAAGAGGAAGACGAGGUGGAGGAAGAGGAGGAGGAUGAAGGAGCAAAAGAUUCAACCGCCGGCCGCAAAGCAAAAUCCUCUGCCAAGAAAACUAAGAAGCGAGCUAGAAAGGAGGUCAAGAAAAGAGGUGGUGGAGGGUUUACCAAAUUAUGCAGCCUUUCUCCUGAGCUUCAGAAAUUUACCGGAGUACCUGAACUGGCACGGACAGAGGUUGUGAAGCAAGUAUGGAGUUAUAUUAAAGAGAAUAAUUUGCAAGAUCCAUCCAAUAGAAAAAAUAUCAAUUGCGAUGAAACAUUGCGCGAGCUUUUUGCUGUAGAUACCAUAGAUAUGUUCCAAAUGAACAAGGCCCUUGCAAAGCACAUAUGGCCCUUGGAUUCUGAUGGUGCAUCUUCAACCAAUUCUGCACCGAAAGCAAAACAACAGAAGCAAGAGAAAGAGAAAGAUGAAGGGUCAGAUGAAGACGAGCCGAAGAAAAAAGAAAAGCGACCUAGGGGAAAUCCGGGCUUGCUUGCUCCUCUUAAGCUUUCUGAUGCUUUGGUGAAGUUCCUUGGCUCAGGGGAAAGUGAACUAUCUCGUCCUGAUGUUGUUAAGAGGAUUUGGGAUUAUAUAAAGCAACACAGCUUACAGGACCCAGAGGACAAAAGACAAAUAAUAUGCGACGAGAAGCUGAAAGAACUUUUUAACGUCGACACCUUCAAUGGAUUUUCAGUUACAAAACACCUCAAACCUCAUCUCAUAAAGAUGGAACAGUGA